AUGCGACCACCACCGGCCCGUAUGUGGCAGGUGUUCGCGGCGCCGCCUGACGGAGCAAGAAUGCCUCUACCAUCCAGCUCCGAUGGCGAAACAGCUGACUCCGCAAUCCGAGUUAGAAGGAGUGACACAUCCUCAAGUCCCAAAUGGAUCUGCCAGAUGGAUCCAAGCCCGUCGCGUCCAACUAGAUCGUGUACCUCUCUCACGAGGACCGGCAUAGCUUUAGGCCAGCCUGCCCAGCCUGAUGAAGAACAGGUUCGCCAGGGGGCAAGACUAUUGAAUGAGAUUGUGCAAUUAGGUGCGGAGCUAGGAGAUUCCAUGAAGCGGUUUCUCGUGUCUGACAACGAGCUUUGCCUUCACUGCCCUCUCAUCAAGUUGGUUUGGGAUGCGACGGACCAGAGAAUUCGAAAUUUGCCUCGCAAUAUGUCUUUGCAGGACUUGAAACUUCAAUCCCGAGUCAUCUUUGAACAGACGUCGUCGCAGCUUGUCUUGCCUUCAGACCCAGAUAAUCUACCGUCGGAUUUGUCCAGACAAGCCCUUCGCUGGGACAUGUUGGGCAUCUACUGCGCCCAAUUCGGGCUAUUUCUCGGGGGAGAAAAGGACAAGCUUGGCAGCGUACUUGUCCAUGAAGCUUGGAGGGCUGACCGCCAAACACUCAUGCAAAGAGCAUUCCAAGCCUGCAUACAGUGUGAAUCCUUUUGUGACAGCUUGGGCGCAGUCAACGAUCUGACGCUUUGGUCCCGCUUGCUCACCAUUCUCUUUGCCACUUGGUGCUUUGGGGACGACUCAUAUCACGUGCUGCGCUUGCUGGGCAGCAUGUCUUCGGUGUUCUUCGCAUUAGGGCUUCAUAAGGGAGUCCAGAACGGCCAGUCGAUACCUUACUACAUGAUUGAGAUUCGUAAACGGGCUAUUGCCUGGGCCCAUGAUCAUGAUAAGGUGUGGGCAGCGUUUACAUCACGACCUGCACACCUUAGUCGCCAUUUCUGCACAUUUGAUCUGCCCCUCGACCUUCCAGAUUCGGUGAUUAUGGGGCCAUAUGAUGCUCUUCUUGAAGCUCGUCGGCAUUUAGACGCAGAUGGAUGGAACACAGAGGGCGUCUUCUAUCCUGUGUCUCGCCAGCGCGUGCUGCUCUUGCUUUGCAUGCCACGGGAGGAGGCUUUAGAGUUGAAAAUUGGCCCAGCGACCCAUGACCUUGAAUCCAAAGCCGAGCGAACAUUGCGAAAACUCAAAUCCAUUUGGCGGUCGAUUCCGUCUCACCUCAAAUAUGAUCAGAUGCGAGGGGCCACAACUGAUCUGGAUACGGUCAUGAUUUUGCGGUACUUGUGGCUUCAGUAUCUCUACACGGAAUUUAUUCUCUACACCAUUCUUGCAAAUUACAGCCAAGGGAGACGUGAGAAAUUGAUGAUCACCGCGCAUGAGAUAGUCGCCACGGUCCUCCUUCCAGCUCGAACCAGAGAUGCACUGCAUAGCUAUAGAGCCGACAUUGAAUGGGCUCUGGUAUUUUAUGGAAUGCCGUGUGCCAGUGUACUGGUUCUGGAGUUGCUACGCCAAGAUCCGCCCACCACAAACACAUAUCACAUCAAUCGAAGCAAAGUUAUCCAAGACAUUAGCAUCUUGAUCUCGUGCUGCGACUCUUGGACGGAACCUGGCCAGAGCAAUUAUCAAACCUGUCGCCAAGCUCAAGCCAUCUUCUCGAAGAGUCUUGAUUCGAUCUUGAAUUGCACUCAGCCUGUCUCAAGGCUUCACGUUGACGAAGCGGAUGGAGAUAGAGCGACGAAUGACGAGGAGGCUUGGAAACUUGCGACUCCCGAUGUGAGUCAAGAUGCAGAGUGGACGGUGUGGCUUGACUCUCUCGGUCUUCAGGGUGAUCUGUGGCAGCUACCAAGCAUAUCCACUCCGGAAUACUUUGCAUGA